CUUGCUGAGGGGGCAGUGGGUGCCCACCAUGGAAAGCGCUGCCAGCCUCUGGCCCUGGGUGCUGGGUCUGCUAUGCCUGCCAGGCUUGACCCUCGGAGUGCCCUCCAUCUCCAGCUGCCCAGGAACUUCUUGUGAUACCAACUCCUUAGAAGAGACCCAGGGGCCCGGGGACAAGGACAUCCUUGCGAUUAACCAAGAGCUCUUCCCAGAGGAAGCCCCUGAGAACAGCUUUCUCCUCGAGGGGGACAUCAUCCGGCCGAGCCCCUUCCAGCUGUUCUCCGCUACCAGUAACAAGUGGCCCAAGAGCAGCAAUGGACUUGUGGAGAUCCCCUUCCUGCUCUCCAGAGACUACAAUGAACCCAGCCGGCAAGUCAUCCUGAAGGCAUUUGCCGAGUUUGAGCACCUGACCUGCAUCAGGUUUGUCUCGUACAAGGGCCAGAGAGACUUCAUUUCCAUCGUCCCCAUGUCUGGGUGCUUCUCGAACGUGGGGCGCAGUGGCGGCAUGCAGGUGGUGUCCCUGGAGCCUGUCUGUCUCCAGCAAGGCCCGGGCAUUGCGCUGCAUGAGCUUAUGCACGUGCUGGGCUUCUGGCACGAGCACGCCCGGGCCGACCGGGACCGCUACAUCCGUGUCAACUGGAACGAGAUCCUUCCAGGCUAUGAAAUCAACUUCCUCAAAUCUCAGAGCAGUAACAUGCUGGUGCCCUACGACUACUCCUCAGUGAUGCACUAUGGGAGGCUUGCCUUCAGCCGGCGUGGAAUCCCCACCAUUAUCCCACUCUGGGACCCGAGUAUCCCCAUUGGCCAGCGAUGGAACCUGAGCGCCUUGGAUAUCAAACGGGUCCUUAGGUUUUACGACUGCAGACCCAGUGGCUACAGCUCCCCUGGCAGAGGUUCUCAGGCACAUGGCAGCGGUGGGAGCCCCACGCCUGCCCCCAGGUCGUCCUUGCAGAGGCUCCUGGAGGCGUUGCUGGUGGAAUCCAGGAGCCCCCAGCCCAGUGGAGCUAAGGCUGGAGGCCAGCGGGUUGCGCCAGGAUCCGGAGAGAACUCACCUGGGCAGGCGCCCUCUACUGGGGAGAAAUUCGGCGUAGGGGACCCUGAGAGGCUCUCUCAGUCCCUGGCUUCCAGCUCCCUCUCAAGGCCUGGAGCAGACGCUCCUGGCAUUGUUCCAGAGAGGUCUUGGUUAGCCCAAGUGCCCAUUGUUUCCUCUGCCCCGUCUCUCGAAGCAGAAAGUCAGGCUGCUUUGGGGAGUCCAGCUCUGUCAGGAGGCCAGGCACCUGGAAAUCACUUGAGGGGGAUGCCCAGAGGUCAAACCUGUGGCGUUUGUCCGUAGGUGGGCAGGGGAGCUUCUGUCCAGAGAAGUGGUAAUGCCCAUCUCCAACCCUCACCCUCCCUUGGCCCAUCUGGCAGCACCCCUGGUCUUCCAGCCCGGUCUGCCCACCACCUCAGACAUAGAACCUUCCCCAGCACCCUCAGUCUGUUUUAGGGGAAGGCAGGCCCAUCACGAGAUGUGUGGCUCUGCCUGCCCUCUCUGCCCUCGAGGAUGUUGGGAUGGGGGGUGACAUUUCUCCAGCACCGGGGACAGCAGGUCCUGCAGGAUGGGGAUGAGGCAGGAACCAGUGCUUUAGCUCCCUGGGAGCCUUUGUCUUUCCCAAGUCAUGUGGACUAAGGGUGCUGAUCCACACCUUCCACAGGACCAGGACUGGAGUCCAAAUGUGGGGUGGGGUUGGGGGGGGGGGAUGAGGAGCCAGGAGAGGGAUCCUGCCAGGACUGCCCAUAUGUAGAGGACUGAAGCCCAUCUCCACCCCAAUGGCCACUAUCUACAUUCUCAUCCCAUCUCAUUCCCUAGGGCUAGGCAGAAGGCUCUUAAAAGCAGGGGAGAGGGGAAGGAGGAAGGUGAAGCCUCUCACCUCCCUGCACAUGUCCCCCCAGUCAAUCAGUUUCUACAGUUCCUGUCCUUUCUCUGAAGGUCACUCCAGUUGUGGAAAGUUUCCAGCAGGACCCACCUCCUCCUGCCCAGUGUCUUGUGGCCAGUCAGAAACCAGUGGAUGUUCUUUGGGGUGGGAGGGGAGCAGCAGCUAGUACCCAGUCCCAGUGGGGGCAGGGUAUCAGAUGUUUGGGGCAGAAAUAAAAAUGGUGUCCUU